AUGGGCUCAAGAGGAGAAUAUUCGGUGCCUCAAGAGGCGGAGGCUGUCUUCCAGCACGGCAUCUUGAACAACCCCCUGAUGAAGGAUCUAUCCAGUGACCUCAAAUCUCUCAGCCAACAUGUCAAGUUCGAGGGCUCAAGUAAGCCGAGCGUUCCAAUCAACUGGCGAUUCGCCGAAAGCAUCUCGGCUUUGAAAGCACUGGAGGCAACCAUGCUUAAUCGGUUGAUCCUGAAGAAGUACAAUACGGAGCCGACAGAUGUCACGAUCAAUACAAUAGCUAGCGACCAUGCGAGCUUGUUCUACUUCUCGCCCUUGAUUGCUCAGCUCAUCGGGAAGGACGGAAAGUUCACGCCCAUGGCUCUCAUGAACUUCGUGCCCGAGGCAAUGAAGAUGUUCCCGGAAACGGACAAGCAUAGGACCGCCGCGAGCUUGCAUCGGGCCCUGGUGACGAACAUUCACAAGACGAAGGAUGGAAGAUACUACCAACUCCAUGGCGGUAUCAACCCCGACCCCAUCCUCAAAGCUCUGGGCUUGCCCGAGGAUGGCCCGGCGGAUGACACCUACGAAUCGGUCUACGAGAGAACCCAAAAGGUCAUUGCCGAGAAGGACUCGAAAGACCUGGAUGCCCUGCUCAACGACAGGGCACGGCAGUCUGGUACAGUUGCAUUAUCAUCUGAUGAGUACUUUGCAAGUGAGCACGGCAAAGCAAAUAGCAACGUCGGACUCUACGAGAUUGCCAAAGACGAUGGCUCAAAGCAGCCCGCCUCCUGGUGGUCCGAAAACUUGAGUCUUCCCUCGUCAGCAAAGAGGCCCCUCGCCGGCCUCAAAAUUGUUGACUUGACCCGAAUCAUCGCCGCUCCUCUCAUCUCGCGCGAAUUGGCGGAGAUGGGCGCGAGCGUCAUGCGCGUCACCUCGGAUAAGAUCACGGACAUGUCGUCUCUGCAUCAGGAUCUCAACUGGGGCAAGUGGAACUGUCAUCUGGAUCUCACAAAGGAUGGAGACAAGGAGAAAUUGAGAGAGUUGAUCAGGGAAGCCGAUGUCGUUGUCGAUGGGUACCGGCCUGGUGCCAUGGAGAAGCAUGGGUUUGGCCGCAAAGAGAUUCAGGAGCUGGUCAAGGAUCGCCAGCGUGGAAUCAUUCACGUCCGUGAGAACUGUUACGGAUGGCAUGGACCUUGGCAGGGCCGUGGUGGGUGGCAGCAAAUCAGUGACGCCGCGAUCAAGUGUUGUGGUGUCUCGUUGGAGUACGGAAAGGCGAUGGGUCUGGAUGAGGCGGUUACUCCGGUGUUCCCAAACUCGGACUACUGUGCUGGAGUCUGCGGCAGUACAGCUGUCCUCGAUGCGCUCAUGAAGCGAGCUGAAGAAGGCGGGAGUUAUAGCGUCGAUGUCUCCCUCAAUUACUAUUCCCAAUGGCUCGUCCGCUCAUGCGGCACAUACCCGGAGCCCAUCUGGAGGGAAGUCUGGCAACGUCAUGGCUCGCCCGUGUUCCGGCACUUCCACACAAUGGCCCACAACGUUCCAGUCAUGUCGAAGCUGCUUCAGGAGUACGACGCACAGAUUCUCUUCAAGCCUGAGUUCUUUGAGAUGCGAACGUCAAAGGCGGUUGAUGGCACGUUCUGGGUUGUCAAGCCGGUUCUGCAGUAUGGCAACAACGCGGUUGAGAUGAGGUACAAUGUAGGCACUAGAGGCAAUGGUGUUGACGAGCCUGUCUGGCCCGAGGACCUCUCUACUGAGGUGGUUGGUGGGAAGUGA